AUGUUGCAGUUUAUGCAUCAAGUGUUUUGGAGGAGGCCAAAGGAACAAGUAGUAGCGCAACCAAACAAAAAGAUCUCAUGGACGUGGCGAUCUCUUUUCCCCCAGCGCCAUCAUCAACAGCCGCACUGGUGUGUCUGCACGGGUCCCAUAUUUGUUCGUUGUGGAGAUCAUUCCUACCGCUGUGAUUUCUGCAAUGGUCUGCAGCGGCGGGAUGGCGAUGGCCCGUCCUUCUCACAGUCCUCAAGGGAAAAGGGGCGUAUCUUCUUAACGCCGGGUCUUGCCUUUACAGAGGCGGCGCGUAAUGCACGGUGGGCCUUGCUUACACACUUUGCCGCGGCCCACACUUCUCUUGCAGCACUCGCAGCGAGAACGCGAAUUGCAUGGAUGGUGAGUCAACGUAGUUGGGAGUCCUACACGGAGUGGUGCACACGGGUGAGGGACUCAAAGGAGAGUCCAACAUCUGGCCGCAACACUAUUGCUCCAUUAUCCUCCGCGACUCGAUGUGAUCAGCAGGAGACAUUAGAGGAGGCGGUGCAGAACGCUUUAUAUGGAUUACGCUUUGCCGUGGCUUCCUAUGCAUUACCGUAUGAAUUGGGGUACUUUGAUGGACUUGGCCGGGGACUGCGGCUGUGGAUGCCGAGCCAUCACCGCUAUGUGCGUGCCUCCACAGCCGAUCAGGUGAAUGCCAUUCGUCGUAUUCUCUGUGGAGAACGGGAUGAUCCUCUGCUUGAGGUGGCGUAUGCUCGCUAUUCAGCUUCUCUUUGGCAGCCGUGUUUUGUAGUUAUUCUCGAUCAUCAUACACAGCGAGUUGUUAUUUCCUUUAGAGGAACACUUUCUGCGGCAGACCUCAUUGCGGAUUUAGCUGGUGGAUACAGAAAUGUACACCUCACAACUUACCGGGAUACAACAACAGGGAAAAUGGAAGAGUUAUGUACACAAGUACCAUCCGGUUUUUAUACAAAUGUGAUGGAGGCAGGAACACACUUAACUCAAGUUCUCAAUAUCAUAAGAGAACAAUACCCAAAUUAUAAAUUAUUAUGUGUAGGUCAUUCUCUUGGUGCUGUUGAGGCAAUUUUGUUUCAUCUUAUGUUUCUAUUUCCUACCCAGCAUGAGAAUAAUAAUAAUAAUAAUAAUAAUAAUAAUAAUAAUACUGUACACACCAUUGCCUUUGGCCCAGCUCCCUGUGUUGAACAGACCGUAGUGGAAAAAAUUAGUGCAUUGAUGGGACCUCGCGCGUUAACAUCGUGGGUGAACCGUCUCGAUGCCGUACCACGACUGCAGGCGCGAUCUAUCUACAGUCUCUUUUACCCAUCAUCAUCAUCAUCAUCAUCUAAUAUCAAUACUAAUACUAGUAAUAAUGUUAAUACUAGUAAUGGUAAUAGUGCUAAUGAUAAUAGUAUGGAGGUGCCGUUACUUGCUGUUCCCGGCAGACUAUUGCAUGUUCCUGACGGUACCAAAAGUGUUGUGGAGGUCCCUUUAGAUGCGCCGUGGCGGCAGCAAUUAGUUCUCGGAAGGCAAAUGCUGCAGGAUCAUUUGCCGCUGGCAUACACUGAAGCCAUCUACAGAGUGAGAGCGGAGUUGGAGGGCCACAAAGGAGAGCGAAGUGAAAAGAAGGAAAUGAGGUAA